AUAUAUAUAUUAUAUAUAUAUAUAUUGUAAAUUUAAUAUUUUGCUUUAGGAAUCUUUGUUCAACCCUGUAAUCCGUUGUGCUCUAAUCUUGCACGCUAACACAGUCGGUGCUCUUAUCUUUUGGUUUCAGGUUUCUGGGUCAUCAUUGAUCUUGUUCUAGUGAGGUGUUUAGAGCUGAAUUGGUUAAAUUAAUGGCGGAUUUGGUAGGGCCUAGAUUGUACAGCUGCUGUAAUUGCCGAAACCAUGUUUCACUUCAUGAUGAUAUAGUUUCCAAAGCCUUUCAGGGAAAACACGGUCGAGCUUUUCUGUUCUCCCAUGCGAUGAAUAUAGUUGUUGGGGCAAAGGAAGACAGGCAUCUGAUGACGGGUCUGCAUACUGUGGCUGACAUCUCUUGCGGCGAUUGCCAUGAGGUGUUGGGGUGGAAGUAUGAAAGAGCUUAUGAGGCUUCACAGAAGUACAAGGAAGGGAAGUUCAUAUUUGAGAAGUCGAAAAUUGUUAAGGAGGGUUGGUAGCAACUAGCAAAGGGUUCUGUCUUUCAUUCCAAUUGAUGUAUGGUGUACUAUAUAUUUGUGUUGUACAGAUCAAGCUUGGGAUCCCUUGAAAAUUGGUCCAUUGUUUCUUGCUGUUGAGUCUUGCCAUUUGCAAUUGUCCAAAGUUGCAUCAUCAUCGAAUUCAUCUGUCAAUAAAAUUUGUGGCAUUUCUCAACUCAAGUUUUGUGUGCUAUGUUCCUGUGUAAAUCAGUAGUUGACUUGUUCAGUUGUUCUAUACAAUGAUUUACUGUGUGAA